AUGGUUUGGACUAUGGAGCUGUGGGUGCAGCUGAAGCAGGCUGGACUGGAGCCCAGUGGAUUGGGUCCACUCCCCAAGGCCCUAAGGAUGCCCCCACCGGAGGGGAACCCUGGUCAGGCCCUUAUGUCUUCAGGGGCAGAACUUGGGGGUGCCAGGGAGCUGCUGCUGUGGAUCUGGGAGGAGUUGGGGAACCUGCGCCGAGUGGAUGUCCAGUUGUUGGGACAACUGUGUGACCUGGGACUGGAGAUGGGGACCCUGCGGGAGGAGCUGGUCACCAUCCUGGAAGAGGAGGAGGACGAAGAGGAGGAGGAGGAGCAGGAAAAGGUGGAGGAGGAGGAAGAGGAAGAGAAGAGCUACAGAGGACGCUCUUGUGUUAAAGAGAACAAAGGGUCCCAGGGGAAGCAGAAGGAAGGCCAUUCAGGGAGAUCCUAUCCAGCCCAGCGCCUUCCUGACUUUGAGAUGACCAUCUGA